AGAUUUUAUCAAGUACAUAUGCCGCAGUUUUUCGUAAAUUUAUUCGAACAGAGUUUUAAAACAUAUAUCAGUUGAUUAGUAGCUCCAAACCUAACCCUUCCCAGAGGUUAUGCCCAUUUCCAUGUUGGUAUCACUAUUAUCGUAGUUUCUAUGACUAGUUUGGGUGUAUGGCAGCUUCAGUCAAUAAUACUACGUUACAGCGAGACUGGACAUAGCAGCCGUGGUCUGCGCUUCUAUCUGCAUCAUUUGUUGGACACGUUCCAACUCAGAAAUCCUCAAAUAGAUGUAACCGUGCAACAUGAACAAUAUGAACUCCCAUCGGCGAUAUUUAAGUAUAGAGAUGGGUCAAAAUAUGAGAUAAGCCUAAAGGAUCUAGAAGCGAGACACAUUGAAGAAAUAAUGCAGUUGCAUAGAAACUCGUGCGGUAGUAUGGAAUAUAUGAAACAUGGAAGAUCUAAAGUAUGGACAACUAAUAGAUCGAUACAGGGGCUCUGGCGACCAAGUCUAGACAGCCAAACUAAUGCAUUAUCAUGGUUUAAAAAAAGGGAUUCAGGUGGUCGCAAACUCACACAUAAAUCACUUCCAAAAUACUCUUCCAAGUCGAUGAACCUUUGCUGUGAAUCAGUAAAGGGUAAUGGUCGUUGGGGUGAUGAAUCAAUUUUCCCUAAGGGAUGGGACCAACAUUAUCUCAAACAAAUAUUUUGUAAUCCAUUCUUGGAUGAAAAGCUAAACACGAUGCGCUUUGAUAGAAAGAAAUCCACUAAUUUGUCACAGUGAAU